CAUCUUUUUUAAUGGAUGAAGAGUCGCUUGCAAUCCACCGGCUUUGGAAUCACAUCGAGUUCAGGUUGCAAAGCGCAAUAGUAGGAACCUUGCAUUAAACAUUUCUGAUAUCUCUAUAAUGUAAGGCUUUUAAGGAUGAAAUUAUAUAUGGAAGUCUCUUAGCUUACCUUUCUUAUGUUCACAAAGCUUUUUUAAAAAUAUAUAUUAACACUUCAAAUCGUUUAUGAGAGAAAGCCAUUGUGCAUGUAUGUAUUGCAUGCCUCUCCACCUGAAAUGAUGGUCCUUCUAGGCACUUACAUUAAUUUUCACUGUUAUAAACCAACAUGGCAAGUCUACUGUGCAUAUCAGUGCAGGCAGUAUUGCUCUAAUGCUGAACAGUUGACUGCAUGUGAGGGUUUUAUAACUGAGCGGAUGAUGAGCACGGAUGUUUGUGCUGUGUCUUGUCAUGGCUUCUUUGUGUCCUGCCACUGGAAUAACUGCAAAGCAACGAGCCAGCCCGAGCAGAAGCGCAUCUACGUGUUAUACCCACUCGUUUGCUUCGGCACAAAGAGCUCUUUGUGUAUCUUCAUUAAAAAUCUUUGCAGCAUUUCAGUGGCACAACAGCCUUCGUCAAAGGUCAGAGAAUGGUGUUAGUAUGCCAAGAAGAGCCCUGUUUGUUACUUUUUGUUCUCUCUUCUCCAUGCCCCAAACUCCCCUGCAGAGACCCCACACACACCCCACACACACCCCACACCGCCCCCUGAGCGCUCCCCCCCCCCAUCCAUUUACAGUUAGACAACACUUUAUGUUCACUGCAGUUAGUCCACAGCCCAGUGCUGACGCACCGUGAUGGUGCCUUGGUGACUGCCCGUGCUGUUCUGGAGUGCCCCGAGUGCCGUGGACUGUAAACACGGUUCCCACCAGAGUUCUUUUUAUAUGCAUCACUGGGAGAUGGGCACUUAUUUAGCCUGAACAGUCCACAGUGCAGUGGGUUAUACUCGGUCGGGGGAUAAGCAGGGAUGCGCUGACAGCAAAUGAUUUGCAUGUUUAUAUCUGCUGAUAGUGAUGCUAAAGGUUUGCCCUUUAAACAAAAUAAUACAAAAAACAAAUCUGUCAUACAGGUCUAUCAGCUUUAACUGGUAAUUGUAAUGUUUUUUUGUUUUUUUUUCAAAACAUGGAAUGUGUACUACCUAGUGCAUUAUUGAUGCAGACUAUGUCAGUAAAAUGCAUCUGCCGGAAAUAAAAGUAAAAUAACCAAGACUGAUAGGAAUCCCAGAAAUGCCUGCUGUUGUGAUGGUACCAGUUUUAUCAUUUAUCCCUUUGAUCAAGUGACAGAAGCACAGUCAGCUUUAUAAACCCCACUUUGCGUGGGGUUUUUUGCACAAGUAAAACAGUAGCCAUUCAGAAUUUGAACCCACAUUCUUUUUCUUAUUUAAUAAAUAAAGUGUAAUUUUGUUAUUAUAAUAACAAUAAUAAUGAAAAUAUUGAAAAUAUCCUUUGUGCCAUUCUAAUUUUUCCAACAUCCCAGGUUUGUUAGAUUAAACAUCUAAUACCGACUGAGAAUCAAUGGUUUUACCAAAUGCUAUUUUGAAAAUAUCUGUCUUGGGUCAUAUUUGCUUGAAAUACUGCUCAUAUAAUUCUUUUUUUAGUCAAUAAUCAAAGAAUCACUUUUAGUCUGAAACAAUUGUUUAUACUCAUUGGUUACAGUAAUUUAUUGAGAAACAGGUUAAAUAUUCUUUACUGCUUCAAAUGCAAUUGCAAGAUAUUUUUGAGGCUCCGGUUAUGCGCAGUCUCAUAUUAGGAAAUGCAGUAUAUUGCAAUUGCACAUUUUUACACAAGGCUUCUCUGUAGACAAAACUGACACUUCACAUCUGUAUAUCAAGACCUCAGCAUUUUAAGGCUCUUACUGACAUUUUGGGCAAAUUUUAAUUACUGCUGUUGGUAUACUAAACUAACUUUUGUUUAAUCUGAUACGAGAUAAUGUAGUAGGUCUUAUCAAAAAAUAAAUGUUCAUUUAUUUAUUAUUAAAAUCCCUGUCUGAAAUGUGCUGUUGGGGUAUAUAUGUGCUAGACGUACUCUUGUCAGACAGAACCAUAUGAUACUAAGGUCUUGAACACAGCUAAUGCUACUCUGUGAAUGCAGAAACCCUUUUGGGAUGCAUUUUGUACAUAAUUUAACAGGCUUUAGUUGCACACUGUUCUUGAUUCUCAUUUUACUUAAUUUUUAAAUACUUUUAGUUACUAAUACUUUCAGAGGGCUUACAACAGUGUGAUUUAUUUAUGAAACAAGCUUUUUAGUCACACAACUAUGCUUUAAUUUUGGUGAUAUAAUUCUGCUUUUUGCCUGACUGCAGGAUAAAGUGUAAGGAGCUGUUUGUAUGUUUUAAAUUAGGCAGCAUUAGUAAGUACUUGAUCUGAUUCAUUUUGGGUGUUAAUGUCGUGUUCUCACUCAGUAUUGUUUUUAUUUGCUGUGUAUAUGACAGAUGGACUUUUAUUUUGGCACUAAAUGGCAUUCUGAGAACAAUUUUUGGAGAAUCUUUGAAUGUAUAGUCAAAUAUAACUGUGAAAGGUUUAGACGACUCUUCUGACAUUGGUAACUGCACGUUGAUCACGAAUUCUAGAUUUAAAACUGACAGUGAAGACCUGGGAUAAGUCCAUGAGGUCGCCUCACACCUUUAUGCUGUCGACACACCAGCCACUGCCUAAUCACACCCUUUACCUGCAUGGUUUUAGGCUUUUUCCAGCACACCAACAAACUUAUCCUGAGGGAACAGGCCGCGCAGCUCCGGCUCAGAGAGUUUGCUCGUAAAAACGCCGCCAACGCUCUGUCCGUCGCCAACAUGGUCGUGGGCAUGGCCUCCAUCCUCAGCAGCCUCAACGGCCACCAUUAUGCGGCAUGCUGGCUGGUGCUGAUUGGCUACCUGCUGGAUUUGGCAGACGGAGCGGUUGCUAGGCAGCUGGACGCCUGCUCCGCGCUGGGCGCCAAACUGGAUGAUUUUGCGGACUUCACAACGUUCGGAAUAGCCACGGCGUUGCUGUUAAGGACCGCGAGCAUGCUGGAUGGGCUCCUGUGCAUGUGCUACGUGCUGUCUGUGUUCGCGCGCCUCUGCUUCUUCUCCAGUGGCAUACCCUUCAUGUACUGUGGCCUGCCGUGCAUCUACUCCUCGGCCAUCCUGGCCUGCGCCUCCCUCCUGACGGGUGGCAACGUGGCCGUGCUUCGAAUCACCGCUGUGGCCAUGAUCCUGUUCAUGGUGAGCCAGAACUUCUACCCCCAUGACCGCGUGCUGGAGUCACAGGCCUGGAAGAAGGUGGUCUACGCUGGGGGUGUUGUCAUGGUUUUCUGCUCCUCCUUCCCUCCUGCCUGUGUGUACUAUUUACUUUGGUCAGUCUCCUACAUUCUGUUUCCAACAACCCUGUGGAGCUGUAAAGUGUAACUGUCUCCACAGUUCUGUCCAAACUCUUUGAUGCUCCGGGUCUGAAGAAGCCCCAUUUGGAACCAUCCGCUGUUUGUUGCCAUGGAGUUUAAACCCCUCACCCCAUUUUGGGAAUUAGGGACAUUGUAUGCUGUUUAUGUUUAUUAUUGUUAUUGUUUUAGUUUUGUGGUGAUGGACUUCAGGUCAUGAUGAAGAAGCCAGAUCCAGAACACUGGUGUUGAAGACUGCCCUUUCAUGCUUGAGGAUGAAAAUGAGUCUUUUUAUGUUUGCGGUUGAGUGAUCAAAGCGCCAGUGAAAUUGAAUGUUAUGUCCACAGAUGUUGAUGAAAGAAUUCUGUUGUCUCUGGUGCAUGUGCUGACGGCUCAGUUAAUAACAGGCUGCAUCAAAAAUCCACUCCAUCAAAACAUUAGAGGAUGUUAGUGCUGCUGUCGAUUAUACUGUUUUGGUGGAUGUUUUGAGAGUUGAUAUUGUUGAAAUACAGACCACAACUAUAAUGUAGAUCACAUCAUGCAUAUAUUUAGAAUAAUUGGCAUACUGAUUGAUUGGAUAUCUAGUCAAAAUACUCAAAGUGAUGUGUGUGUGAGGAAAUGCCCAAAUAUUCAAAGCGGACUCAACAGCUCUAAAUUGUCAUUCAUACAAGCAAGAACUCUAAAUCAAGUGUUUACACACACCAACCACUGUCAUUUUCAACGAGAUCACUUUAGCAUCAUUCAGAGAGGACCAAACUGGCACGGGAUACAGCUUGUCCUUCCUUUCAGUUCCUCUUGACUUGUUACUACAUAAUAAAAGCCUAAGACAGGUAAACAUUUGCA